AGUUGGGGGAGUCGCUGGAGAUUAAAUGCUACGUUCGCAUACGGCCAGCAGGGGGAAGAUAAUGAAGAUGAAAAAGAAAGAAUUCUUGUGCCUGACAGGUUCAUUUUUAGAACGCAAAAAUAAAACACUGUGAGCACAUCCAUGUGCAGAGGUUUCGUACCACUGUCUUUCUGAGGUUAUCUUUGACACCGGUUUGAUUCCCGGUUAGCUAUUGUCACAUCUUCCCUGGCAAGGGUAAUCCGUCAAAAAGGGAGCGCCUUCCUCCCUUCGGGCACCCUGGCUGGAGUCUUGGCAGCUAAAAGGAUGUAGCCAUAAUAGUGAGCGUUUGCUGUACUUUAGAUGGUGGUUUUGCCGUCGGUGGUGGAACGUUUCAUGGAAUAAUUCCUUCCACCAUUAUGGCUGCACUGUAUCAAAGCAAAGACCCUUCUUCUUCACCCAGUAAAUUCUUGGCUCUUAAAGAUGUCCGGGAGGUAAAGGAAGAAACAACCCUGGAUGAGAAGCUCUUCCUGCUUGCAUGCGAGAAAGGUGACUAUUACAUGGUGAAAAAGCUUCUAGAAGAGAAAAGCUCUGGUGAACUGAAUAUAAACUGUGUGGAUGUACUGGGAAGAAAUGCAGUCACUAUAGCCAUUGAAAAUGAAAAUCUGGAUAUUCUGCAGCUGCUGCUGGAUCAUGGAUGUCAGACUACAGAUGCCCUGCUGGUGGCCAUUGAUGCAGAGGUGGUGGGAGCUGUGGACAUACUUCUCAAUCAUCGACCACGGAGGUCAUCCAAACCAACCAUAGCGAAACUAAUGCAGCGCAUUCAAAACCCAGAGUACUCCACAACAAUGGAUGUUGCUCCUGUGAUCCUAGCAGCCCAUCGUAACAACUAUGAGAUCCUCACUAUGCUGCUGAAACAGGAUAUCUCCCUACCUCGACCUCAUGCCGUGGGCUGUGAGUGUACCCUCUGCAAUGCUAAAAAUAAGAAGGAUAGCCUACGACACUCCAGGUUUCGGCUUGAUAUAUAUCGCUGUCUAGCCAGUCCUGCCCUGAUCAUGUUAACGGAGGAAGAUCCAAUUUUCACAGCGUUCGAGCUCAGUGCUGAUCUGAAGGAACUGAGUCUUGUAGAGGUCGAGUUCAGGACUGAUUAUGAAGCCCUUGCCCAACAGUGCAAAACGUUUGCUAAAGACUUACUUGCUCAGGCUCGGAAUUCACGGGAGUUAGAAGUAAUUUUGAAUCACACAUCCUCUGAUGAACAUAUUGACAAGCGUGGACUACUGGAGGACAGAAUGAAUCUGAGUCGACUUAAGCUGGCAAUAAAGUACAAUCAAAAGGAAUUUGUGUCCCAGUCAAACUGCCAACAGUUCCUCAACACAGUGUGGUUUGGACAAAUGGCUGGCUACAGAAGAAAGCAUACUUGUAAGAAGAUUUUAAUUGUGCUCACAGUAGCUCUCCUAUGGCCUUUAUUAUCCAUUUGCUACCUCAUUGCUCCAAAAUCUCAGCUGGGUCGAAUUAUCCACACCCCGUUUAUGAAGUUUAUCAUUCAUGGUGCUUCCUAUUUCACAUUCUUACUUCUGCUAAAUAUGUAUUCAUUGGUGGUCUAUAAUGAUGACAAAAAGAACACAAUGGGGCCAGCUCUGGAAAGUAUCGACUAUUUGCUCAUCAUUUGGUUGUUAGGAAUGGUUUGGUCAGAUGUGAAGAGACUCUGGUAUGAUGGGCUGGAACACUUUCUGCAAGAAUCCCGCAAUCUUCUUAGCUUUGUUAUGAAUUCAUUGUAUCUAGCAACCUUUGCCCUUAAAGUUGUGGCACACAGUAAGUACUGUGAAAUAGCAGAGAGGAAGAAUUGGGAUGCUUUCCAUCCAACGCUGGUAGCAGAAGGUCUCUUUGCCUUUGCUAAUGUUCUCAGUUACCUCCGGCUGUUCUUCAUGUAUACAACCAGCUCCAUCCUGGGACCUCUACAGAUUUCCAUGGGGCAGAUGCUGCAGGAUUUUGGAAAGUUUUUAGGGAUGUUUUUGCUGGUGCUUUUCUCAUUCACUAUUGGUCUAACCCAGCUUUAUGACAAGGGUUAUCCUCCAAAUAAACAGAGUGACUGUGAAGGGAUAUUCUGCAAAGUACAGAGUAAUGACACAUUCCAUUCGUUUAUUGGGACCUGCUAUGCGCUAUUCUGGUACAUUUUCUCCUUGGCACAUGUGGCAAUCUUUGUUACCAGAUUCAGAUAUGGGGAAGAGCUGCAGUCUUUUGUUGGUGCUGUUAUAGUGGGGACCUACAAUGUGGUGGUGGUUAUAGUCCUGACAAAACUGCUGGUAGCCAUGCUGCACAAAAGCUUUCGUCUGAUUGCUAAUCAUGAAGAUAAAGAGUGGAAGUUUGCUCGUGCCAAACUGUGGUUAAGUUAUUUUGAUGACAAAUGCACUCUGCCUCCACCAUUCAAUAUCGUUCCUCCUCCUAAGACAAUCUGCUACAUUUUCAGCAGCCUCAGUAAAUGGAUCUGCUCUCAUACAACAACGGGAAAAGUGAAACGGCAAAACAGCCUCAGGGAGUGGAAGAGCCUGAAGCAGAAGCGAAGUGAGAAUUACCAGAAGGUGAUGUGUUGUUUGGUACACCGCUAUUUAACCUCCAUGAGGCAGAAGAUGCAGAGCACAGAUCAGGCCACUGUUGAAAACCUCAAUGAACUGCGGCAGGAUCUGUCCAAAUUCCGCAAUGAAAUGAGGGAUUUGCUUGGCUUCCGAACAUCCAGAUAUGCCAUGUUUUAUCCAAGAAACUAAGCAAUCAAAUGACAAAAUCAAAGACAUGCAAACAUUUCCAUGCAAUUUGUAAAAAGAUUUUAUGCUUGUUGACUUAAAUUAUAGAGACAAUAUAUAUUUAUAUUUAUAAAGGGAGAAAGGGGAAGAACAAGAAAGAGAAGGAAGGGGAGAGAGAGAAAAUGGAAACACACAUUUCUGUUUUUUUUAAAAAUGUUACUGGUUGUAAAAAUGGUUAGCAACAUGCACAAAGGCCUACAUUGUGUGCAUAUAUAUGUAUGUGUGUGCGUGUGUGUGUGUGUGUGUGUGUGUGUGUGUGUGUGUGUGUGUGUGUG